AUGACCAUCAUCGCCAUCAUCUUCUGGGUUCUGGGAGUCUCCAUAGUCAGGGUCAAGUGCACCAACUACACCAAUAACAAAAAGUCCAAGGCCAAAAACGUCCGUCGUAUCAUAAGGGGUUCUGUUCCACCCCGGUUCCACCUCGUGAUGAGUGAUGGCCUGCACACCAUGUCCACAGCCUCCUCUUCUACCAGAGACCCAGCAGGCAGAGGAGACUCCGGGAAGAAGACUCUGAUAGUAGUCCCCAUCGCCUGCCUCAGCCCCUACCAGACUAAAUGGACCAUCAGGGCCCGGGUCACCAAAAAGAACAACAUCCUUCCUUGGAGCAACUUAAGACGAGAGGGAAAAUUAUUCUCCUUCGAGAUCGUGGACGAGAGCGGGGAAAUCGGAGUAACAGCCUUCGACAAGGAAGUGGACAAGUUCUUCUCUUUGCUGGAGACGGGCAAGGUGUACUACAUCUCACGGGGCAAAUUAAAGGAAGCCAAUAAGAAGUAUAAUACCCUGAAGAACAACUAUGAGAUGACCCUUCUAAGUGAGACAUCCAUCGUGCCGUGCGAGGACGACCAGGACCUUCCCAUGGUGGAGUGCGACUUCAUGCUCAUCGGUCAGCUGGUGCACAUGGAGAAGGACGACAUCAUCGAUGUGAUAGGAGUGUGUAGGAGUGUGGAUGAUCUGAGUAGCUUCACCGCUAAGACAGGUAGACAGGAGUAUAAAAGAGACAUUCACCUGGUGGAUACCAGUGGCAAGGCGGUCGCAGUCACACUGUGGGGCGAGCAGGCAGAGAUGUUUGAUGGUUCAGUCCAGCCUAUAGUAGCUGUUAAAAGAGCUCGCCUGUCAGACUUUGGAGGCCAGUCGGUCUCUGCGAUCUUCAGCUCCGCUGUCAUGGUCAACCCUGACAUACCUGAGGCCCAUAAGCUGAGGAGAUGGUAUGAUCAGGAAGGUCAUGCUCUGGACGGCCAAUCACUGACCGAAUUGAGGCCUGCAGGAGGCGGAGCCAACACUUGCUGGAAAACACUCAGCGACGUCAAGACUGAACAACUGGGACAAGGAGACAAGGCGGAUUAUUUCAGCUGUGUAGCCACAGUGUUGUUUAGUGGUAAGGAAAGCUGUCUGUACCAGGCCUGUCCCUCUGCAGAUUGUAAGAAGAAGGUAAUAGAACAACCAAAUGGACUCUACCACUGUGAGAAGUGUGACAAACAAUUCCCUAACUACAAAUACUGCGUCAUGCUGUCUGCUAACAUAGCAGACUUCAGUGAUAACCAGUGGGUGACAUGUUUCCAUGAGACAGCAGAGGGCAUUCUGGGUCACAAUGCAGAGACUCUGGGCCACCUUAAAGAUACGGAUGAGGCAGCGUUUGACGAGGUGUUCCAGAAGGUCAACUUCACCACACACAUCUUCCGCAACAGAGUCAAGCUGGGGACGUACAACGAUGAGUCCCGUGUGAAGGCCAUGGUGAUGGAGGUGAAACCAGUGGACCACAGAGAGUACAGCAGGAGACUCAUCAGCAACAUCAGGAAUAUGGCCGCCUAAAGAAUUAUUACUUUAAUUGUGUUACUUUUAAUUUUUAUUUGACUAUUUUUACUUUAAUUUAUUUAGUAAUUAUUUUCUUAAGUCUUUCUUGAAACUGAAUUGUCAGUUAAGGGCUUGUAAGUAAGCAUUUCACCGUACGGUUAUACUCUAUUGUAUUCGGAGCAUGUGACGGAUGUGAUUUGAUUUAAACAUUAACCAUUAGAGGGAACAAUUCAAAACUGACCUAAGAUCAGUGUUUAUGGGAAACUCAACCCCACACCCAGAAUUAUACACUCAACUGAACAAAAUGGCUGCCUAAACACAGAGCCAGCUGACAUUCAUACUUUUACUGUCUGGUCCUGUAUCUCUACAAUUAAGCCACAAAAUUGCAGAAACUGAACAAGGAGAUAUUUUAUUUUAUUUUUCUCCAUUUGAUCUAAUUUACAUUUGAUUAUAGACUAAAUAAAUAGUCUAUAUGUCACGUAGAGUAGGCCAGAAGGCCUAACUGAAAAACCUGACCUCAAAAGUACUUCUGUGCUUCAGGGUGUUUAUUUACAUAGUGAUUCCAGAACAAAAACAGCCAUCCAAAGUAUCCAUUAUGGGGCCAGCUUAAAAACAAUGCUGCCCCCAUCAAGAGCUAAUUCCCAAAAUGACUCCCCUUUGACCUGAAAGAGAGGCUCCUUUUGUAGGGGAAGCCCCUCCCAUCAGAACAUAAUCAGCACUAAUUAAUUAAGCAAUUACUUGUUCAAAGCCUACAUUUUCCAUUCAGCUAAACACACUAAAGUCUAUACAUUGCAACACGUUUUUCAUGACAUAAUAUACCAAUAUAACAUUUACAAAAUCACUACUGACAUGGUGUAACGGUUUUCUUUAGGUGAAGUAGAGGCGGACCAAAAUGC